AUGGCUUUCCGAUCAUCAACCGUUGUCCUGCCCCUGGCAGUUGUGGUGGCUUUCCUGACCCUGGCCCCCAGCUUCGUGCCGGCAGCCAACAAGGCGGAGCCGUCCCUGAGGGGACCUGCGGCAACCUCCGCAGCAGGCUUCGCUUGGCAGUUUGGGUUGGGUGCGUGUGCGGCCGCAGCGCUUGUCGCCGCUGCCCCUCAGCCAGCGCAAGCGUUCUCUGAGACGGAGCAUCCUGGGAUAUCAGGGGUAAGGCUAGGGGGUGGGUUUUCCAAAAUUCGUGGCCCAACGCUUGACUACUUGAUCAAGUUCUUACCUGAGCUGAACCAGUUCGGCUUGGUGUUUGCAAUUUUCUUCCUCGGGUUCUUUAUUGCUGGCUUGGUCCGCAUGUUCAACGCCACUCGAAUGGCAUUUGGCAUGCUUCGCACUGGACAGGCAGCUCUUGGCACUUUAGGUCAGGGUCGGGACACAAACGAGGCCCCCACGUGGUUCACGUGUUUCAGCUGA